AUGGCGAGCAAGCUCUCUCCCUUCAUCUUCCGGACAGCCGUGCGCUCCGCCUGCCGGCAAUCACAGCCGUCAUGGCAGCCCCAGAUCAGGACAAUCUCUGCUUCGGCGGCGAGGAGAAGCGAUAACCUCAUGGUGCACCGCGACACGCCCGACAACAACGCGAGCCUGCCCUUCAAGUUCACGGCGCAGAACGAGGCCAUCGCCGCCGAGAUCCUCAAGCGCUACCCGCCCCAGUACAAGAAGGCCGCCGUCAUGCCGCUGCUCGACCUCGGCCAGCGCCAGCACGGCUUCACCUCGAUCAGCGUCAUGAACGAGGUCGCCCGCCUGCUCGAGAUGCCCCCCAUGCGCGUCUACGAGGUCGCCUCCUUCUACACCAUGUACAACCGGACGCCCGUCGGCAAGUUCUUUGUCCAGGCGUGCACGACUACCCCUUGCCAGCUCGGCGGCUGCGGCAGCGACGUCAUCGUCAAGGCCAUCAAGGAGCACCUCGGCAUCAAGCAGGGCGAGACGACGGCCGACGGCCUCUUCACCUUCAUCGAGGUCGAGUGCCUCGGCGCCUGCGUCAACGCGCCCAUGAUCCAGAUCAACGACGACUACUACGAGGACCUGACCCCGGAGACGGUCAAGUCGCUCCUCGCGGCCCUCAAGGAGUCGGCCGCCAACCCCAGCGCCGCCGUCCCCAAGCCGGGGCCCCUGACCGGCCGCGACACGUGCGAGAACAGCGCGGGCCUGACGAGUCUGAAGGGCGAGCCGUGGAGCACCGAGACUACGAGGGCGGACCUGUAG